AUGCCCACCGACAGGCCCCGGGGGACCUCGCCGGCACCAGGACCCCCCGGGAUGAUGCCCCCGGGCCUUGCGCCUCGUGCCUCGGGCUCGGCCGCCCGCCUCGCGCGCCCCCCUUCAACCACCCACUCCGUCCGCCGGAGCGGCCAACUCCCCCGCCCGCGCCAACUGGCACCCCAUGCCCCCUUCCCCAUCCCCCCCUCUGACCGCCCGUGGCGCGUGGUGGCGUGGCCGGCGGGGCGCCGGAGGGUCCUGCUGCGAGGGUCCUGCUGCGAGGGUCACCCUGCCAGGGCCCCCACUGUCAGAUCCCCCGCCGCCCCGGCACUCACACAACGCAACGCAACCACAGUCACGGAUCCUCAAUCCCCCAACCCCGGACCGCUGGGCCCAGGUCGCUUCUACACAGACUCACCGACCCCAUUUGGGGUGUAA